GUCGCCAUAUUUGAUUCAUCACUUGUUCGUGUGUGAUGCCAGUUGGCUUCUUCGUACUUUCUGUCUGUGAAAUACUGUGAAAACAAUAUUUUUCAAUAUUAAACUGUAACGCAAAAGUACAGCUACCAAAAUGAGUUACGGGAGACCACCGCCCCGUAUAGAUGGAAUGGUGUCCUUGAAAGUGGAUAAUCUCACGUACCGCACGACCCCAGAAGAUCUACGGCGUGUAUUUGAGAGAUGUGGCGAAGUGGGUGAUAUUUAUAUUCCCAGAGAUCGAUACACGCGUGAAAGCAGAGGAUUCGCAUUUGUCAGGUUUUACGACCGCCGAGAUGCCGAAGAAGCCCUGGAUUCCCUAGAUGGCCGCAUGUUGGACGGCAGGGAACUUCGGGUGCAAAUGGCUCGUUACGGACGGCCCUCUUCUCCAUACCGAAGCAGAUACGAUCGUAGACGCAGCAAGUCCCGUUCGUCUGGCCGUAGGUCUCGUUCGCGCUCGCGACGCCGCUCGUACUCGCGCAGCCGCAGCCGUUCCAGGUCUCGUUCGCGCUCUGAUUCCAAGAGUUCCCGUGGUCGCUCCAGGAGCCGCAGCCGCAGAAGUUCGCGCUCUCGCUCCCGCUCCAGGCAUUGAACUACUUCA